AUGCCAGAUUCGAAAGCAACAGAAACUGCCCAGUCCGUGCCACAACCAGCCACUACUACAACGGCCGAACCUGAACCUUUAGAAGCCACCCAACCCGUGUCAGAGCCAGCGGCUACAGCAGCUAAACCUAGACCUUCAGAAGCAGCCCAGUCCAUACCAGAACCAGUCAUAGUCGCGCCGGCCGAGCCGGAAACCUACCCCGCGUCCGAACAGGCUGCGGCCCCCUCACUCGAACCGGCGCGCGGCCAACCGGAGUCGGCCAAGGCAGGGCCAAAGGCUGGCAAGCCAGCCACAUACUUGAAUGAUUCCAACAAGGUGGGCCCCGCCGCCUACACUCUUUGUCGUCAACAGCUGCUCCAGGAAUUGCAGCGAGACAAGUCGCCGUACUUCAGGGGUCAGAAAAGACUUCUCCGCAUGAGCCAAUAUGGGCAAUCCAACUCCGGCUCCCUCUUGAAUCGUGCCCACUGGCGCAGUGAUAUGGACGCCGUUUUGCUGGAAAUCAUGCGCAGGCGCGUUGUUGAGCGCCUGUGCUACUUUUCAAAGAUGGUCACGGGCCUCGACCGGAAUUACCUCAUCAAGUGCGAGCACUGGGACGAUGUCAAGGAACUCGACCAUCGGGGAUGUCUGCUAUAUCUGGGUCCCCCGGGUAAUAAUAGUGCGUCCUCGACGUCGGCUUCCGAGUACGUCCCGCCGAGGUUGUCGACGAUGGAUAUGGGGCCUGUGCGAUUUGGGGCAAAGCUCGCGGUUCACAAUAUGCGGGAGCUACUGGGGGAGAAGCACCUCAGUCAGUUGAGGCAGCAGGCCGAACUGCUCCGGGACGGGUCUCUGUAUCUUCUGGGGAGGAUGCCGACCAGUCCGCUACAGAUGAUGCUGUGGAAGCUCCAGGGGUAUAUGGCGUGGGGAAAACAACAGGGCGCCGCAAACCCAGACGGCGACUCAGCAUGA